AUGCAGAGAUUGAAAUUUCUCAUACUAUUGUUCAGUGUAAUUAUCUUAGCGUCAGCUCUGUAUUUUGUGUCAUACCAAGUUCAGCUCCGAGUCCCUCUGAUCAAAGAGGUUACAGGCACCGAAGAAAAGUAUUUUUAUCAAAUACACAGCUGGCAAGGUAAGUCUGCACAAUUUGGUGGGAAUUUGCGUAUACCAAAUGUAUAACGUUACGUUAGGGUUAGAGUCGAGUUCGUUUAAUAGAGGCUGAUACACGCGCACUCCGGCUGUAGUAUGAACGAGAAAUUCAAAGACUGGAAGAUGCGUAGUCGGGUGCGGUAUGAAAGAUAUUAACUUUAUUCUACAGCCCACAAAGGCGUAUGUUUGUUGGUACAUCACCAACAAGAAGUCUUAAACUUCACUCGUCACGCACCCAUACAGGCUAGGAGAAGUUACAUUUCCGGUUAAUUUGAUAUAUAUAUUUUUGUCCUGGUGCGCGCUCUUAAACUGAGAACUCUCUUCUCAUUGCUGUAGCACGUUCUUAUCAGUUCCUCAGUUUUGUCUUUCUCAAUCUCUUAUGUUGACUGAGCCCAAAGCCCGGUUAUUCUGUCAGAAAACGGUGGUUAGAUUACAGAUAACCUAACCGCUUAAUCUAUCGCCUUAAACAUUCUCGACUUUUUUGCACGAAACAAAGGACGUAGUAGAGUGACAAGAAUUUUCUAAUAGUGGGCCACUACUAUUUGACCUUCCAAAGAGGACAAAUAAUUCUUGACGCAAUGCUUUUGCUAACUACAAACAAAAAUCCUACUUGAAAAUUGAUUAAUUUGAACAUGUAUUUCGGAUUUUCAAAGAGCCGGCCGAAAUCUUCAUUACUGGCUACAGUCUUAUACUAGUCUGCGAAUACCGCCAGUCCUCUCUCCUCGCUCCUUAACUCUUGGAAAGUUCCGAGGGAGAUAAAGAGACUGAGAGUAUCUCUCCGCGAAAGCACUUGGCCGCGAGGAGCGGAGCGAGGAGAAACGGCCCGGCUGUAUUCGCAGGUUAGUCUCAUACCCUACUCAUGCGAUUGGCUUUGUAUAAUUUCAAAUGGGUGGGAGGAAUUUCACUUUAUCUCUACGUCAAAGACCUUUUCUGACAUCAAAAUUGAAAAUCCCACGACAGGCUUGAUAAUAUAUGUUCUUCCUUUUAUUUCUGUUUUUGGGUUGUGAUCGUAGAAACCAUAUGAUAAUUAAACAGCUUUGUCCUGAAAUAGUAAAGUUUAAUUAACAUUUAAAUUUCCAAUAUUUGCGUUUCAUAAAUUUGUGCCUCAAUUGUUAAGUUAGCCGCUAGUCGUGAAAACUGAAAAAGUUUUGACCGCCAGUCUGACCGUAACAGAUUUUUCUAGCUACAGUUUGGCAUUUUGAUAAAGCUCUUUUCAGUUGCAUCCUCUCGGUAGAUCCUGUUGCAAGUUUUUAAAGGAAUGGACAUCAUGUUUUACAUUUAAAAAAUUAAAAUUAAUUUUUAAGAUCUGAGUUUACUCUCACAUAGUAAAAAUUAACCGUUAAUCGUAAAAUUGGGAAACGUCAUAAAUCAGGUGGUCGUCAGGCAAUUUUUAUCUAAAAGCGGAGUUAGUCUGUUCCGUUAUUACGACUUUUCUUGUUUAUAAAAGAGAAAACAAUUUGAAAAAUACAUCCCCUUGUAUUUUUUCGUUGCCUUGUUAGAUUAAUUGAUUUGUUGCUUAGGCAAGGUAUGAGCCUUGAGUAAAUACAGCCGGACAAUUUUCUUAAUGGGAUGUACUUUUGGAAUUGAAAACUCUCUGUAGACUUUUCAAUGGGUUUUCUGCGGCGCGCAUUUCUCCCAAACUUCGUUUUUUCCUUAAAAAUUCUUUAAGAAUACUAUAGUUCAUAAAGCGCAAUCGUCAGGAAGCGGAAACGUCAAGGAUGAAAAUAACGCUGUGCACCGGUGUUGUAGCACAUUCAAUAAUAGGUGUGAUUAGAAUGCGAGUUGUUGGGUUACGAGUCGCAAGUUGUAAUUAAAGGUUGCGUCUCACUACUACUUUCUUUUGUUUUGUAAUCGGAAUGUUGAUGAGAUGCAGUCUAUCUUUUUUAAAUUAAGCAAUUUAAGAGCUAUAAAGGAAAAGGCCGUUAUUUACGUUAGUAACAGAAUGACAGGUUUUCUGUGGGUGGUAAACGCACAACAUCGCUAUUCAACUCGUUCUUCAGCAAUGUUGCAAGAUAAGUUGCAUGGUUUUUGUUGGCCGUUUUGCCCUGCGAGUCGCGACAAGCGAGUGCAUAAAGGUAACUCAAAACUCACAACUCCCGGCCUUGCAACCUAACAACUUCUUUGAAUACGCUGAUCCGUACACAAUCGUUUGGGCAGUGAGUCAAAGUGAUAGGAAUGCAGGUGCGGAUCUAGGGGGAAGGUGCAGGGGGUGCGCACACCCCCCCCCCUCCCCCGAGAUGACCUGCGGUUUUCUAAUACAACUGGUAUUCUGCAAAAAAAAACUAUGUGGUUUAUUGGUGUUGAAGUAGAGCAAGAGACGAGUGCACCCCCUCCUAAAAAAAAUCCUGGAUCCGCCCCUGGAAUGCUAUUGAAUGACUUGAAUGUUGUGCCCGGUGAAAUCUAAAAAGGCUAACAAAAGAAUCUGACAAAGACUUGGGCUUCAUAAUCAGAUUCCUCUACAAACUAUAUGACUUUAACAGAUUAUGCAUCAGAUUCUGCAAUUCGAUUUGGACGUUAAUUGCUAAGGAGACAAAGCAGUUUUUAAAAUUCGUAUGGGACAAGCAAUCUUCUUUUAUGGAGAAUGUUCCUUUUUUGUUGAACAGCGGUAGAGUGGAAGUCAAUUUGCGCUGUCGUGAUUAACGAAUAGGGAGUUAAAGCUACCACGACGGAGAAGAUAGCGGAAACGUAAAAAGUGAUUUCGCGCUAUUUCCAACUUCAUCGCUAUCAUCCCACCUCGUUUAAUUUGUCAAAUUUUGGCUAUUUUUUUUUUCGCAGAUGAAGCUCUCAGGACGUUGUAUUUAAGUUCAGCGAAAAACAGUUUUGUUUUGUAUGUCCUAUAUGUCCAUAAGUGGAACGUGAAAUUAGGAAUUUUUUUACGUAGAAGACGGCAAAAAGUACCCGCCCAAUAAAGGAAUUUUGCGUAGAUAGAAACCUUUUUCGAGUUUCUCGUUAUCCUCGCCAAACCCCUGAUACUCCCUGGCUACUUUGACUAGUCUAAACGCCUAACAACUCUAUAUUCUCAUCGAAAAAUGGUCAAUCAUUUUUUUUGCACCUCUAUAUAAGUUUACUGAAAGUAAUCAAAAAGUGGUCUGUUUGCUGUGUUAAGCGUUUACUCAGCUUAACCUAUUUGCCGAAAAUCUUCGUACUAAGCCAACUGAAAAAACGGUUUCAAAUUAGUAGACGGACGAGGAAUGUAUUGGAGUUAACUUUUUUUUUUCACUGUUUUGGCACUACUACAAUAUGUCUAUUAGUAAUUGUGUCGAUACUCUCCCAGUAUCUAAGUUAUUUCAUACAUGGCUACGUUGCCUACAUUUAUUUGCUUGAGUGUAACAUUUAGUUUGGCCUUAGAACAUUUACAACAUCUCUAGUAAAAGUGUUUACCAAUUGCGCACGUGGGGUUUAUUUUAACCGUCGUGAAGGUAAAUAAAAUGACAGUAAUGAAAAGAUUCUGAUAGGCACUUUAAGGCUACUUGAAAGCUCUGUCUAAGUAUGAAUGUACCACCUUUCGGACCAAUAACUGAAGUCUCUAAGCCAGGGGGCCGCGACUGGCAUAUUCAGCGAAAAAAAAAAGCAAUUAAAAAAAGUAAUAAAAGUUAACUUUAGUAAUGCACCUUCACAAUGUUAACAUUGGUGAUAAACAGUUUAUUGGGCAAGUUGUGCAAUAAUAAGCAGCACGAACUUCUGUCGAGCAGUCGUUUUCCAUGCAAAGGAAAAACAAAGAAACAUAAACAUGUAUUUCUGAAGUCUUUGCAUAGCGUUAAUGUUGUUCAUCAAUCCGUCCUCAGCGCGAUAAAUAGGGAGUUUAAGAUACCACGACGGCGAUGGCCACGAAAACAUCGCUUAAAAAGUGAAUUUGCGUUCUUUCAAUCUCUAUCGUGAUUACUCGAUCUCGUUUACUUUGUCAAAUGCAAGCGAACUCUUUUUGAGCCGAACUCUUAAGAAUCAUAUUCAGGUUCAGAAAGAGAAAGAAAAUUUAGCCGUCGCUCGUUUGCGUCCUCCAUAAAACGUGAAAUUAGGCAUUUUCCCGUCGUAGUCGCACAGUGACGGUAGAGAAAUGUACAAAAAAGCGAGAUGCACGUGCAGAGUUGCUGUUUUGACGUUCUCGUUGUCGUUGCCACCGUAGCAUCUUAAAGUCCCUAGUACCGGCUGUACUUGGUCGAUGUUUUUUAUAAAUCCACUAAAAACGCUGCACUUAGAAAUAGCUAAGAUUAUCACUAACACAUACCUCCGCUCUGCGACUAUUAACUGGGCUAAACGAAACAUUUCAGGAGUAAAUACUAGAUUCUUUUUUAAAGUUGCAAUCUAUUUUCGUCAAGGUGGUCCGCCGUGUAAUUUUUCAUCAUACAUUUACAUUGACCUGUUCUGACGCCAUCUCGGUCAAAAAUUAACUUAUGAAUCGUCUUACUGUGAAUUUACUGGAAAAUUCACUUUAUCUUACUCAACCUAUUGAAAAACAGAGAAACGAAACGAAGCACCUCGAGUUCAUAUGUAACUUAGUAGAGGGGACUAAGGGAAUACAUUACAACAGGAAAAAACAAAAUAAAUUGGUAAGUCCUGAAAUUUUAUCUGUUGCAAGCAAGACUGAUGAAUUCACGGGAAUAUGUCUGAUAUUUAUUUUUAGAUUUUGUGCCGGUGACCUCAACGGUGAAAUUGGUAUGUACUUAGUUUGACAAAUAUCAAUUGACAUCAGUACAUUUAAAUACUAAAGCAUUUUUUUUUAUUUUGUAAAUACAAUUUUUCACUUCUUUCUUUCAUUGCAUGCACAGAAAAGGAUAAUUUACAAUCGAGUUGGAAAAUGUGGGAGUCGCACAAUGAUACAGUUAAUGGUAACGUUAGCAAAACAAAAUAAAUUUAAAGUUAUUGGUUCAACGAGGAAUCAGCUUCUCCGAAUCGGCCUUCGAGAACAGGUAACUAGAAUCAUUAUAGCUCAGUGUUUUCAGUUUUCAGUUAAUUAUGUUAGCUUGUUAGCAGAGAUUUCUUUCCGGUAUGCUUUUUAUUAUUUACGAGAUCAUUUGCGUCGCUGACAUUCGCUUAGUUGGCUUGUUUACUUUCCCGGGUAUGUAAACAAGCCAACAGCACGCGAAUGUUAGCAGCGACGCAAAUGACUCGUAAAUAAUAAAAACCAUACCGUAAAGAAACUUCUGUUCGCAAUGUAAUUAUAAGUGAGACUUAAACCAAUCAGGACUCGUUCGCGCGCGAUUUCCCGCCCUUUGCUGGAACGGGCUACAUGUAUUUGUUAUGAGCUCUGAUUGGUUCAUUGAAUUCCCUGCUUGUAUUCUGAAAUCCCCAGAGACCAAAGGUAAAGAAAACAGGCGGGAAGAGGAUGGUUGUAUACGUACGUGUUCGCAAAACCCCGCAAAGCUCAGGUUAAAAGACGCCAAGAGAGAAAAAUUGUCAGCAGUAAAACAAAAGGGCCAUCCAAGAAUCGAGCCCCCUGCCAGGACAGGUGCCAAAAGUACCCUUACUAGCCAGGACGCGUGCGUCAUUGCUCUGUGAUGAACAAUUUUCGAAAGCCACAAAAAUACUACUGUAUUUAAAGCCUUUUGUCAUGGAACCUCUGUAGGGAAACGCCCUUGAAAGCUGGUUGAGCCGUAUAAAACUUGAUUUCAUAGAUGAAUUUGAGAAUAAUAAGCAGGCCGGGCAGUAGCAGAGUUUGGCGGUAGAAAGCUUAAACGUAACUUAAACAUACUUCAUUAAUUUGUAAAAUUAGUUUGAACUAAAACGAAUUUCAAAGUAUUUUUCAUUAUUGAUAUUCAGGUGGAAUUUGUGGACUUCAUAGACCAACUACAAGCACCAUUCAUUUACCAUCACCAUUUACAUUAUGUUGAUUUUAAAAGGUAAAACAAGUUUCUUGUGGUCUUUAGUUUGCUUAGGAUCCCCUCUUUUAUUUAUAGAGUCUCCGAAAAUUGUAUUAAAAUGAUUUUUAAAGAAAAUCGCACAUUCCCAAUACUUUCUGAGGAUACAGAGAGUGUUAUCCAAGUGAUGAAAGUACUGGAAAGUACCACAAAAUUCUAAAAUCAUAAAAUCUCCCUUUUCUAAGCCCGUUCGAAUAUCUGUCCCCCAAAUUCGAGGCUGGACUGUAGGUUGUUUCAGGCGCGAACCUAGGAUAAAUACUGACCGAUUUCCUAAACGAGCUCCGAAGACGCAAAUUGCUAGGUGGGAUCCAGGGGCAUGCUCCCCCGGGAGCACCUUUGUACCUUGGUGUCUAUUUCACGGAAACUGUGACGGAGAGAAUUUUUAAAUUUUUUUUAAAAGUUUUCUUUUUAAAGCAAUUCCCGUUUGUUUCUGGUUUCAGAUUUGGCUCUCUUCAGCCUAUCUACAUCAAUCUUAUACGCGAUCCCCUCGCACGGCUCGUUUCUGGAUAUUACUUCCGUAGAUUUGGAGAUUAUAGGGAAGGCCAUAGAACAUGGAAUUUCAAAGGAACAGAUAAAGAAAAAAAUCAGGUAGGGCUUGUUUGGAAUAUAUCCAAGCUAUAUCUCAUCACGUUGCACAACGAGUGGUUGUGUCAAAAAGUCAUGCUGCCCCGUGUUCUGUGGCGGUUUUUUCGCUCAGAAGCAUCGGCUGAUUUUUGUGGCGGUCUUAGGGGCCGCCCCGCCUCACCCCGCUAAGAAUUCUGAGUAAAAUAAAUACAGUCUAACCUCCUUGUGCGACCACUUUUUUUAAGUGACCACCUCAAAUAGGCGACCAAAGUUUCCCUCAGUCAAAUCCACCACAGCUGAAACCUAUCGUAAACGACCAUUUCUCGUAAGCGACCGUGAUGACGGUUUUUAUCCUUCUGUGUGUUAGCUGUAUCAACUAUACUGGUCUGCUCAGACACUUCGUCCGUUAGAAAUUGCAUGCACUGAAUUCUCUUCCAAUGUAGAUUUGUUCGGACCUCUUUUGGAAGAGACUCCUGUGAUUCUCGUAAGCGACCACUUAAUCCUUCCAUUUUGGGUUGUCGCUUACUGGAGGAUCGACUGUAGUAUCAAUUCAUCUGGCAAGUGUCUCGUUCCACCCCCCGCCCUUUUUCUGAAUUUUCUCGAUCCCCCCCAGAGAGGACCGGGAAAGCUGUUUUAAAAAGAGCAGGUCUAAGAUGUAAGAACAACAUGUCCAUCAGCUAGAAUAAUAGCUUAUCUCUGGGAAGACUUUUUUGUCCACAACAACACUUACCUCAGAUUAGGGACCUUAAGCAAGGACGACGAGCGAAAACUUCACCGAAAAAUAAGAUUUGCGCUGUUUCAAAUUUCAUCGCUCUUAUUCAGACUCUUCUAGUUUGUCAUAGGUUGGUAUUUUUUUCAGGAGUUGAAUUCUAAAGGAUUAUAUCUAGCUUUACAAAAGAAAAAGAAAAUCACUGUCUUGUGUUCCCGUCCUCCAAAUUAGGAAGUUUCACGUCGUAGACGUACAACGACGGCAAAGAAAUGUACAAGAAAGCGUGAAGCACGUGCCGAGUUGUUGUUUUUACCAAUCUAAACCCAUUUACUUUUUUGCCGUCCUCGUUGCCGCCGCCGUCGCUAUCGCCGUUGCUUAAGCUCCAUAUUAAAUAAAUCACGCCGAGGAAGGCAAACGAUAUUAACAACACCUUUACUCUAUUUUUUUUAUGGUCUCAAUUCCAAGGUCAGAGUACAGGUAACUGCGGAAGAGAUCAAUAAAUCGAGGGAGUCACUUAGCCCUCUGCUGAUCACUGUCCAAAAUAUAGUUUUAGAUCCAGGAAAUACUGUUUAACUUAGUGUAACACCUUAUCGAUAUAACAGUGACCUGUCAGAGGAAUGAAAGAGAUGUGUCCCACACAAUUUGGCACUUUUUUCCCUGGGAGUUCGUACAAACGUGUCCGUGAAUUCCAGAUCAAAUUGGACUUUACGAGUGUUUGUUUUUGUGGAAAAGGGGAAAACCGGAGUGCCCGGAUAAAAACCUCUCGGAGCAAGGGAGAGAACUAAUAACAAAUUUAACUGACAAAUCUGACUCGUCCCCAGGUCGUCUCUCUCUCUGUCUCUCCUUAGUGACGCGAGGGUUGUGAUGGGAAGGAAAAAAGCGAGGGAGAGGGUCUUCCUCCCUUUUCCCUUCUCAUCACCCCCUGCUCCCGCCGCGAGCGUUACGUGAAGACAACCAAGGACAAGUCAGCCCACAAAUGGCGUCGUCAGGUAGCUCAAGUGGCCGGAAAGUUUCACUUUGUUGAUACUAGGGGCAAUACUUUACUUUACCGGCAAUUGAAUACUUUUAUACUUUGAUACUUUGAUACUGCAAUUUGAUACUUUACCGGCAAUUUGACAUUGGAUGGAAUGAUCGUAACGCACGAUCCAAAAUGGCGGCUCCGUAUUCUGGAGUUGUUUUUUACUUGAAACUUUCCAGGCCCCUGUUUUUGAAACGUUGGAUAGCGCUAUCCACCACAUAGAGAUUUAUGUGGUGGAUGGAGUUAUCCACAACUUUCGAACAACUGGUCCCAGAAGUUUUGUUUUCGUUUAACUUUUUUGUUGUUGUGGCCUUGUUACAGACAUUUGAUGAAUGCGUCCUAAAUAAUAUGACAGAAUGCGUGGAUCCUGCGAAAAUAUUCUACAUUGUUCCAUUUUUUUGUGGACAAGAAUCUUACUGCCGGUAAGGAUGUAAAUUGGUUAUUUAUAUUAUGAAACAUUUUUGAAAUAAGUUUUGACUUGCGAAAGUUAUAAUUUUUUUAUUAGGCUUGGAUAAAGUCUGGUCUACAAAUGGCUUAUUCUGCCUGCAGGCGAUGCUCCUAAAAGAUAUGCAAAACAGCAAGGUGCACAAUAAAAAGCCGCGAGUGCAACCUGCUUUUUCCCAAUUUACAUAAAUGGUAAUAAGCCCAAAUUUAGACUAUUUAGGCUCUUAGUAAAUAGAUAAAUGGGUUUGUAUUUUCGGGAGGAAAAAAUACAUUGUAGCUAAGAGUAUCCAGUGGUCUUCAGCUUAUUCCUUUUCCAUAAAAUUUGCAUACCAAUACAUUGCAGACUUGCAGUUGGAGUGAUAAGACACCUUUGUCUCCAAAGAGGAUCCUGAAUGUUGACUUUGUCUAAUUUUUAAAAGAUUUUACAAAAUAAGAACCUGUUUCAAAUUUUAGACUAAACAGGUUCUUGCAUAAAGGGGGCUAACUGGCAAAUUUAAGCCUAACAGGUUCUUGAAAACCAGCCAGGUUCUUAUUUGUGGGUUUUUAAUGUAUUAUUGACUAUGCAAAAGGAUACUUCCCUGCUCCUCCCUCUGGCACCUUUCUCGCCCGAAACCGCCUGCUCCCUCGGCCUUUUGCUCCUCCCUUGACCGCUUCCAGUUUCGCCAGGAUCAUGCUGUCGACGUUCCAAGCAUUUAUGUUUUUUCCUUUUCAGGAAUCCUUCAAAAGUAGCUGUGAGACAAGCCAAAAUAAAUGUCAUUAGAAAUUAUUUGCUUGUUGGUGUCACAGAGGAGUUAGAAGAUUUUCUAUUUGCUCUUGAGGCACUUCUUCCAGAAUUUUUCAAAGGUGUUUUGAACGUCUACAAAGCUCCAGGUUGGAUGUGUGUGUGUGUGUGUGUUUUUUUUCAAUUUGUAUGGCCAUUGUUCUCUACCCUUUACAAAGGAGCCAGCUGUAUCACAUAACUUUGCUUCAAUUCGGAAGUCUUGAAAACACUUAGAUUAACAAGGGUUUUAUUUUAUCGAAAGCCGACAUAAAUAUUAUUUAAUGUUUUUGAAGGAGUCACGCCACUGUUUCUAUGACUUGAAAAAAUAAGCCGUAUUAUUUUGGUAAUUCGUAGCCAUGUUAAUCUCUUUCAUCCUAACCAACAUUUCUAAUCAUUUGUAGUUUCUAUCUCCUUUUUGACGCUUUUCUAUUCUACAAAACUAUUUCCAGAUUUCCUGCAAUUUUAAAAUUAUUUCACACGUUGAAAACUAAUGGAAAAACUCCUUUAUUAAAAUAUUUGUUUUCUUAGAGUAUUUUUUUGCCUUUUUUUGCAGGGGAGGCACUUCAAGAUAAAAUAACAACAACAAAAACACUGAAUAAGAAAGGACCUUCUGCGAAAGUAGAGAAAAUUAUGAUGAAAAAACUGGAAUUAGAGUACGACUUUUAUAACUUUGUAAAGGAUAGAUUUCGCAGAAUGAAAGCUGAGCUUAAAUCAGCUUCCUCUUAA